ACAAUAUCUUUCUCUUGUCUGAAAAGAGUGUCUAUAUCCAACUGUCCCCAACUGCAAUAUUUAUUUACAUCAUUCAUGGCAAAAAAGCUAAUGAACCUUGAGGAGAUAACAAUCAAGGAAUGUGAAUCAGUGAAAGAAAUAGUUGCUAAACAGGGAGAUUCAACUUCAGAAGCCAUUAAAUUUGAGCGGCUCAACACCAUUGUUGUCGAUUCUUUACCAAGUCUUAUAUGUUUUUAUUCAGACAGUGAUACUCUGCAAUUACCAUCUUUGAUAAAAGUGCAUAUAUGGCAAUGCCCCAAUUUGAAGUAUUUUUCCCAAGGAGCCAUAGAUGCAAAAUCCUUUUUGGGAGUUCAGAUGUCGCUGGAUACAAGUGAUGAUUUGUUCUUCCACAAAGAUCUUAAUGCCACUAUAAGAGAAAUGUUCCAACAACAUGAAUUUUUUAAAUCUGUGGACAAGGAGUGUUUUUCUGAUGAUCAUGAGCUUGGAGCAUACUGGCAUGGUAAGGUUGUUUCACAAAGUAAAUGGUUGAGCAAUGUGUUAAUUUUGAAGCUGGACAAGUGUACUCUACCAUAUGCAAUUCCAUCUGGUAUUCUUCCUUGUUUAAAGAACUUAAGAGAGUUGGAAGUACGGUAUUCUGACAAAGUAAAGGGAAUUUUUGAAGUGAAUGACAUUGAGAUAAUGGAUACAGCAUCCCAGCUGAAGAUAUUGACAUUAGAAGGGCUAUCGGAGCUGACACAUGUUUGGGAAAAGAAUAGUCCAGGAGUUCCCAUCUUUCAAAAUUUGCAACAGAUUGUUGUUAGUGAUUGUGAAAACCUGCAAACUUUAAUUCCUGCUUCCUUGGCAAGAAACCUUAAGGAACUUGAGAAACUUGAAAUAGAAUUUUGUGAUAAAUUGCAAGAAAUUGUUGAAAAGGAAGAAGGCAUAGCAACAAAUGUAACAGAAAAGUUUGUGUUCCCUCAUUUAAAGAUGUUGCUCCUUUAUGACUUGCCACAGCUUACUUACUUUUGCCCUCAAACAUUCAGUCUGGAAUGUCCUGCCUUAAAUAACUUAUCUGUGUUGUAUUGUAAUAAAUUGGAGUUAUUUCAAAGAGCACAUUCCACGGGAGAGCAUGAAGGUAGUACCUCAAUUAACAGACUGCCUCCUACCUCAUUUUUAAAGGUCAUUUCCAACCUGAAGGAAUUGGAACUUGAUUGGCAGCAAAUUUCAGCAUUAAGCUUAAGGUUCAGGUCAGGGCAAUUUGCCGAAGGCCUCAAAUAUUUAAAUAAUUUUUCCCUGUUUCUUGACACUGAUGAGAAUGAGAAGCCUAUCUUGCCCAUUGAAAUACUCCAAAAAGCACCCAAUUUAACAGAAAUGAGCAUAAAAUAUAGCAAUAGUCUUGAGAUAUUCCUUGCUAAAAACCCCAAAAUUGGUGAGAGCAAGCUGCUUGGACAGUUGAGAAUAUUGACACUAUACGAAGUACUUGGUCUCCAAUCCAUCGAGUCACAGGACUCAUCAUGGUUAAACACAAUCUGUGAGAAGCUCCAAGAAUUAAAUGUUUUUGAAUGUCCAGAUUUGACAACAUUAGUACAUUCUACUGCUACAGUAUCUUUCUCUUGUCUAAAAAAAGUGUCUAUAUCCAAAUGUUCUCAUUUGCAAUUUUUGUUUACAUCAUUAGCUGCAAAAAAGCUAAUGAACCUUGAGGAGAUCUCAGUCAAGGAAUGUGAAUCAGUGAAAGAAAUAAUUGCUAAACAGGGAGUUUCAACAUCAGAAGCUAUUAAAUUUGAGCGGCUCAACACCAUUGUUCUCAAUUCUUUACCAAGUCUUACAGAUUUUUAUUCGGGCAAUGAUACCCUCCAAUUAUCGUCUUUGAUAAAAGUGCAUUUAUGGCAAUGCCCCAAUUUGAAGAAUUUUUCCAAAGGAGCCAUAGAUGCAAAAUCCUUUCAGGGAGUUCAGAAGUCAUUGGAUCCAAAUGAUGAUUUGUUCUUCCGCCAAGACCUUAAUUCCACUAUAAGAGAGAUGUUCCAACGACAGGAGAUUUUAAAAGCCGGAUAUGGGGUAUAUAUUUCUGAGUUACAUAUUGAUGUUGAUCUUCAAAAUUAUGUGUUUGAAAGUUUGGUAAUUUUGAAGCUGGACAAGUGUGCUCUACAGUAUGCAAUUCCAUCUAGUAUUCUUCCUUUCUUAAAGAACUUGGAAGAGUUGGAAGUGCAAGAUUCUGACGAAGUAGAGGGAAUUUUUGAAAUGAAUGACACUGAGAUAAUAGAGACAGCAUCCCGCCUGAAGAUAUUGACUUUAAAAGGGCUAUCGGAGCUGAAGCAUGUAUGGGAAAAUAAUAGUCAAGGAGUUCUCAUUUUUCAAAAUCUGCAACAGGUCGUUGUUAGCGGUUGUAAAAUUCUGCAAACUUUAUUUCCUGCUUUGCUGGCAAAAAAUCUUAGGGAGCUUGAGAAACUUGAAAUAGAAUCUUGUGAUAAGUUGCAUGAAAUUGUUGAAAAGGAAGAAGGCACAGCAACAAAUGUAACAGAAAAGUUUGUGUUCCCUCAUUUAAAGAUGUUGAACCUUUAUGAGUUGCCACAACUUGCUCACUUUUACCCUCAAACAUUCACUAUGGAAUGUCCUGCGUUAAAUAACUUAUCUGUGUUGGAUUGUAAUAAAUUGAAGUUAUUUGAAAGUGCACACUCAAAGGGUAAGCGUGAAGGUAGUACCUCAAUUAACAGACUGCCUUCUAUGUCAUUUUUAAAGGUCAUUUCCAACCUGAAGGAAUUGAAACUUGAUUGGCAACACAUUUUGGCAUUAAGCUUAAGGUUUAGGUCAGAGCAAUUUACUGGAGGCCUCAAAUAUUUAAAUAAAAUUUCCCUGUUCCUUAACACUGAUGAGAAUGAGAAGCCUAUCUUGCCAAUUGAAAUACUGCGAAAGGCACCCAAUUUAACAGAAAUGAGCAUAAAAUAUCGCAGUAGUCCUGAUAUAUUCCUUGUUGAAAACCCCAAAAUUGGUGAGGACAGGAUGCUUGGACAGUUAAGAAUAUUGACACUAUACAAAGUACAUGAGCUCCAAUCCAUCAAACCACAGGACUCAUCAUGGUUGAACACAAUCAGUGAGAAGCUCCACGAAUUAUAUGUUUGUGAAUGUCCUGAUUUGUCAACAUUAGUACAUUCUACUGCUACAAUAUCUUUCUCUUGUCUGAAAAAAUUGUCUAUAUCCAACUGUCCCCAACUGCAAUAUUUAUUUACAUCAUUCAUGGCAAAAAAGCUAAUGAACCUUGAGGAGAUAACAAUCAAGGAAUGUGAAUCAGUGAAAGAAAUAGUUGUAUAUACGUUUGGUUAUUUUUAA